AUGAAGCUCGCCGCCCCUUCCGCCUCCCGACGCCGCAGCCUGAGCGGCGGCCUCGUCGUCCUCCUCGCCUCGGCCACCGCCGUCAACGCCCACUCGUGGAUCGAGUCGGCCUUUGUCAUCGGCGAAAACGGCUCCUUCAUCGGCGCCGAGGGCUUCCCCCGCGGGUACAUGCCGCGCACGCAGCCCGGCUGGAGCGACAAGCAGGCGCAGAACCUGCUGCCCGCCGCCGGCACCGCCGCCUACACGGGCGACGAGCUGCUCAACAAGUACCCCUUCGCCGCGGAUCCGCCUCACCCGCUCCUCCAGGCGCGCCCCGGCGACCGCGUGGCCGUCCUGCACCUCGAGAACGGGCACGUCACCCUGCCCCAGAACCAGCCCGGCAAGCCCCUCAACCGCGGCACCGUCUACCUGUACGGCACGGCGCAGCCCAAGCCACAGGAGCGCCUCUUUGACGUCCACCUGCGCUGGAACGCCGACGGCUCCGGCGGCGACGCCCGCGGCCGCCUGCUCGCCACGCGCAACUACGAUGACGGCCAGUGCUUCCAGGACAACCACCAGCCCCUGGCCCAGGAGCGCGUCUCCAAGUUCUCCGGCGACGGCGCCUCCGCCGACAAGGAGCUCAAGUGCCAGUCCGUCGUCACCAUCCCCAACGACGCCAAGCCCGGAUCCGUCUACACCGUCUACUGGUACUGGGACUGGCCCACGCUCAACGACCAGAAGAUUGACCUCGCGGCCACCAAGAACGGCCUGUUCCCCUGGGCGGGCUCCUUCAUGCGCGGCGACAAGGUGCCCGACGGCUGGACCAUGGACGCCAUCCGCGUAAACGAGAGCUACUCGAGCGUCCUCGACAUCAAGAUCACGGACAAGCUGCCCGGCGUCGUGGCCAAGGAGCAGCAGGCGACCGGCGCGCAGAACAAGAACAUUUACAACAUGGCUGUCAAGGGCCAGAUGGACAAUAGCUUUGACGUCAAGGUUGGUGGCGCCGGCGCCGGCGGUCAGGACGGCGCGGGUACCGCGUCUGCCCCGGCCGGCCUGCCCCAGCCCUCCUCCACCACCGUCACCGCCUCCUUGUCCGCCCCGACCGCUCCCACGCCCAGAGACUCGCAGCCCGUCGUCACGAGCCCCGACUCAGACUGCGUCAUGUCCACGUCCACCAAGUUCGUCACCAUGACCCGGACCAUCGGCCGAGGCACCGCCGCGCCGCCCCCUCCUCAGGCGCCCACCUCCGGCGCCGCCCCAAUCUCGCCAGACGCAAACGCCGGCUCGACCGCCACCGUCACUGAGACCGUCACCGUCCCGGCCACGACAUUCAUGUCCACCGUGUACGUUACCGCCAGCGCCCGCGGCUCUCCCAUUGCGUCGUGCCCCUCGCAGCAGCCGGGCGCGGCGCACCCCCUCCCUGGCCAGUCUGGCACGCAGACCUCGACCGUCAUGGUCACCAUGACGCAGCACAUCCCCGCCAAAGGAGCGGCGCCAACCACGCGUCCAGCUACUACCGCCGGCGCGCAAGGCACGCAGUAUCAGAGGCGCGGCGCAGGACCGUUCAGGCCGCGUAACUCGGAAUGA